UGAACAAAUACUGCAAUAAUCAAUUGAAAUUUCAUUCUCAGCUUUACAAAGUGGAAAAGGAGAGAAUACUCAAGAUUGGGGAAAAAAGCCAUCUGGUCUAACUUUGGGAUCAUUGAAGAUUGCAAAUGAUUGGAAGAAUUGGCUUUUUUUCUGAAGUAUAUCAUCUCAAAAUCUCUGAGUAGCCUCCUUCCUGCUACAAUAAGUGUUUCUAGUAACAGGAUCAACUGCCUUGGGAAUUCAGCCUGAGAGAGACCUGAAGAAUAAAAAGGACUCUGGUGACAAACCCUAAGUGGUCUCUUAAACAAGAAAAAUGGGUUGUGAUCGGAACUGUGGGCUCAUCACAGGUGCCGUCAUAGGUGGAGUACUGGCUGUACUGGGAGGCAUACUAAUGCCUGUUGGAGACAUGAUUGUUCAGAACACAAUUAAAAAGGAAUGUGUCAUUGAAGACGGUACAAUUGCUUAUAAAAAUUGGGUUAAAACAGGCACAGAAGUUUACAGACAGUUUUGGAUAUUUGAUGUGCAAAAUCCGGAGGAGGUGAUGAUUAAUAGUACAAAACUAAAAGUUAAGCAAAGGGGCCCCUAUACAUACAGGGUCCGCUACCUAGCCAAGGAAAAUCUAACUCAGAAUGCAGACAACACAAUUUCUUUUGUGCAGCCCAAUGGUGCCAUUUUUGAACGUCACCUUUCUGUUGGGACAGAAAAUGACAGCUUUACUGUCCUGAAUCUUGCUGUUGCAGCUGCACCCAUUCUCUAUCCAAAUGCCUUUGUCCAGAUGGUAUUAAACUCAUUUAUCAAGAAGUCACAUUCCUCUAUGUUCCAAGUCCGAACCUUGAAGGAACUAUUGUGGGGCUACAAAGAUCCAUUCCUGAGUUUGGUUCCAUAUCCAAUUGAUACCACAGUUGGUGUAUUCUAUCCUUACAACAAUACAGUAGAUGGAGUUUACAAAGUUUACAAUGGAAAAGAUGACAUUAGCAAAGUUGCCAUAAUUGACACCUAUAAAGAUAAAAAGAAUCUCUCCUUUUGGCCGGGUUACUGUGACAUGAUCAAUGGCACAGAUGCAGCAUCAUUUCCUCCUUUUGUGGAGAAGUCCAGGAUAUUGAGGUUCUUUUCCUCUGAUAUCUGCAGGUCAAUAUAUGCUGAAUUUGAACAUGAGGUUAAUCUGAAAGGGAUCCCAGUCUACAGAUUUAUCCUUCCGUCUAAGGCAUUUGCAUCACCUACUGUAAAUCCAGAUAAUGAUUGUUUUUGCACUGAAAAAAUUAUCUCCAAGAACUGCACAUCAGCUGGUGUUCUGGACAUUAGCACCUGUAAAGACAAAAAGCCAGUGUAUAUUUCACUUCCUCAUUUUCUACAUGCAAGCCCUGAUGUGCCAGAACCUAUUGAGGGGUUAAAUCCAAAUGAAGAGGAACAUCGGACAUAUUUGGAUGUUGAACCUAUCACUGGAUUUACUUUGCAAUUUGCAAAACGACUCCAGGUUAACAUCCUUGUUAAACCUGUAAAAAAAAUUGAAACUUUAAGUAAAUUGAAACGGAACUACCUUGUCCCAAUUCUUUGGCUUAAUGAGACUGGUACCAUUGGCGAUGAGAAAGCUGAAAUGUUCAGAAAACAAGUCACUGGCAAAAUAAAUCUUUUGGGUCUGGUAGAAAUGGUUUUACUCACCGUGGGCCUCGUGACCUUUGUGGCAUCCAUGAUUGCAUAUUGUGUAUGCAGGUCAAAGAAAGUGAAAUAAGUAGCGAGAGACAUUUUGGAUGUAGAUGAAAACCAUGUCAUGAUCAAGAUCUUCAGUAACAUUGACUCAAAUAAUCAAGAUUUAACAUAGUUUGUGUGUACAAACUAUACUAAAGAGAAGCUGAGAAAUUGAUCUUAAGCUAAACAGCAAUGCUUUUUCUGAAGGACUAUUAUUAGAAUGCUAUUACAUUAAAUAAAAUACCAUGCCCCCAUCAGAUCUUUUAAAAUGCAUCAUGAUUGAGUUGGUUGCAAAGUCCAUAGAACACAAUUUUAGAUGAGGAAUUGUUCCUAUCUCUAGUACUGAUCAGUGAGAGAAUCAGUAUAAAAUUUGAAGUCUUCAUAGGACACUAGGACUGUGCUUCUCUCUUCCUGAAUGUUCCAGGGUAAAUAAGCUGUCAGCAACUGUGUUGUCUAUAUAGUUAGUGGCAGUAAGGUUGAUUGUUUUUUCCUCUAAGACAGUCCAACUCUUCAUCAGAAAGAAUUAAUUUGAAAUGUCAAUGGAAAAUAUAUUAAUAUUGGAACCACUCUUUCUAUCUUAGAUAACCCAUUUGGAAAGAAACAAAAAAAUACAUUAACCACUUUUUGCUCAGGCAUAAUCCUUCUUCUUCUUUAUCUCGUGCUCAUGAAAAUGAAAACCAUUCAGUCACCUGUCUUUUCAUUUUUACAAAUAUGAGCUUGGUUAUUUUCCCAGAGGUUUUUAGUUGUUUGGGAAACUUGUGAGUAUAGCCCUUGAAUCUUCUAAGACUUAAGAUUGGUUAUUACAGAAUGCUAUGAUGUGAUCAGAGCUGUGAAUCAUAAGAGUGUUAUAUUAUGGACUAUAAAUCAAUGAUAGAAUGUGCAUAUUAAAAUGCAUUUAUGAUAGUAUAACUGGGGAAUGCACAGCAAUUCCCAAAAGGACUGAUUUAAAACUGAAGUGACUUCAAUGAGUCCUAUAUUAUAAUACUCUGUUCUUUCAUUUUCAUUUAGCUCUUAUGCUUUCUUUUUGUUCUCCCAAUAUCAGAAUAUUUUAAGGUGUCCCUUUUUUUCACCCAGGUUCUAAGUUUUGCUAUUUGAUUACCCUUCAACUUGACUUUUUCUGAAGGGUUGGGGAAGAAAAGGCAGGAAUACCUUAAUUUCUUCUUUGGUUCACUUAAAAAAAAACAAUUAUCAAAAAUCGAGGUGCUCUCGGUGGAGUUUGCCCUCCCCAUUUAUAGAAGCUUUUAAUGACACCAAUGUAUGGUAGCAAAAAAGUCCACUAUUCUUAGAAUAGUUCACCUUGUGUUUCUACCAUAGAAAGAAACAGCAAAAUAAUUAUGUAUUUCUUAAUCUAACAUAAAAGCAAGAAACAUAACAUUACUCUUUUUAUAUAUUAAAAUUGGGAACACGUAUCCCAAUUUCAAAAUCUCAAUAAGGACCUUGGCAGGUCUGGGGGAAAAAUCUCCUUGGAGAAGUUAGAAAAAAAUCUAACAAGAGUGGGAGAUAUAAAUGAAUAUCAGUAUGUUAAAUCAAACCCUUAUUAAUUUACUAUGACAUAUAAAAUAUACUUUCAAAUGUUAACCAAUCAAUAAGAAAAGCAAAAGAAUUUACAUAACAUCUAUUCACCUAACCCAUAGGAAAUCUCAUUUGAAACAAAAAGCUUACACUUCUGUCAAUGAAAACAUUUAUGUUUUAUGCUUCUCUGGAAGAUUAAAAAACAUCAACAAAUUCUUCAUAUUCUAGUAGACUCAGGGUUUCAUGGAUGUUUAACAUAUUUUGGGGUGUAUAAUCUACCUCCAGUGCCUAGAUAAAUAGUCCUUUUCAAUCCAAAUUAGAACUGGGUUCAGCUGGGUAAUAUUGCUAGAACUUAAUGACAUUCAUAAAGGAUUCUGGCCCUGAUUCAAGCAUUUGGAAAAUAAGGGGGUGAAGUUGGUUGUUUUCUUUUCCCAUAUGCAUUAAUUGUUUAAAUGUAGCCUUCACUUUAUGGCACUCCUUUUACAUUCUAGACAAUUCAUUUCAAUUUUUAAAAUUCUCUGUAUGACUAUAAAAGAUUAAAAUCUCAUGCAUGAUAUCUGUAUUGAAAAGAUUCCAUAGUAAACUGAACACUUUUUUGACUUUUGAAAAGACAAUAUAAAAGAGAGAAAGUUAUGUUUUUCAUAUGAAAACCUGAUGGGUGGAUUUUUCAUAGUUGUAUUUCUUGUGUAUUUGUGCAAAAAUAGUGCUUUUUUUUUUUCAAAUGAUUGAUUGCCUAGUUUUCAAUGGGGUUGAAUGUUUGAGGAUUUGUAAUUGUUUAUGGGUGAAAUGCAUGAUUUAAAAAAAAUACAAAACUACUCAGAGUGACAAAAUAGCAUAUUUCAUCCUUAAUCUUAAUUACAAAAAAUUCAUGAAAAUCCUUGAAAACUGGUUUUUGUGCAUAAAAAUUGCCUUUCAAAAAACAUUUAGUUUUUGAAGACAAAAUCAAUGCCUCUUGCUGUUAAUAUGUGAGCUGAGAAACCAAAAAAGUGGUAUUUUGCUUGGAUUCUCAGAAAAAAAUGUAUAUUAUAUAUAUAUAUAUUUAGCACUGCUUGUGAAAGCAACAGAUGUAGUUAUAUAUAGCUUGUUUCUGUAUUGAAAUUUAACUUUGUGAAAGGGCUGAAUGCUUGUUUAAAAAGAUGUGUAUGUGUGCAAUAAUGUCUCAAUCAUUUUCUAUAUUUUUAAUGGCCCAUGAUAAAUAUCUGAGCUACACACAAACCAUUGUUUUUUUCCCCUGUUGGAAUUUAAUUUGAGGGAUAUGAUGACCCAGUUUUUGGUUUAAAGUCACACAUAGCAGGGGCAAAGUAGCAAUGAUGCUUCUGCCUUUCCCUUCCCACAAAACUAGGAAAAUUUUGGAUAACAGAACCAUCCCAACUACAUUCUGGAUACUUUUAUAAUUCUUAUCUCUUUACAUCCUUACUAAAAAAAUUGUGAUUCUCCUUCUUCCAAAAGUACCCUCAGACUUUUAUUUUUUUUGCAGGGUACCUGAACUAAUAAUUUCCAAAUGAAUUAAUAUUUUAUAUUUAUACUGAAGAUACAGAGCAUUCUGUCUUCCAAUUUCAUGGUCAAAAUAACACCAUUUUGAAAUGUGUGUGAAAAUAAAUAAGCUUCUAUUACUAAAAAA